AUGCUGGCCAUAACAACGCUGUCGCUGCUGCUGCUGCACGCCACCGCAGCAGCGGCGCUCGACAUCCUCGUCCCCCUCUACAUCUACCCGAGCACGGUGUGGAACGACAACGCAUCCGAGUGGCAGUCACUGCUGAGCACGGUCCGAGCACACCGGGCCGUGAACUUUGACGUCAUCGUCAACGCCGACUCGGGUCCCGGAGCCGACCUGGCAGACGUCAACUACGCCGCGGGCAUCGGCCUGCUCAACGCCGAGCCCAACGUCCGCACCCUCGCCUACGUGCACUGCGACUACGGCCGGAUCGCCACCGACGCCGUGGUCGCCAACGCCACGCUCUGGAGGUCCAUCGGCGGCGGCGCCGGCCUGGACGGCCUCUUCUUCGACGAGACCCCCAACGUCCACCCCUGGUCCAGCGUCUGCUCCGAGCAGGCGGGCUGCACCACGGCCGAGUACAUGGCGCACCUGGCGCGGCGGACCAGGGCGGCCGGGUACGGCUACCUCGUCUACAACGUCGGGCAGCAGGUCGCGCAGGCCAACGAGGCGGCGUACCUGCGGGACGCGGACCAGAUCAUCGCGUUUGAGCAGUCGUGGGACGUGUACAAGGCGACGCAGCCGUUGGUGGCUGGCUUGCCCGGGUCGGGAGCGGGCGCUGCCGGCAAGAGUAAUAUCAUGGUGCACCACUUUGAUGGGACGCUUGGCGAGCUCGAGGCCGAGGUGAGGAGGAUCGCGGCGGAGCCGAGGGUCGGGUCGGUCUGGUUUACGACGAUUGAGUAUCAGACAUAUGACACACCGCCUGCGAACGCCGAGAACCUGGCUAGAAUUAUCGAGACGCUUUGA